CGGUUCUCCACGGGGGCUUCGCUAGCACAAGACACGAGGAACGACGGACGUAGCAAAGAGUGGUGGAGCGAAAGAUCGCCAGUAGUGGGAAACGGAUGGGUGGCACCGGGCCAGCUGGUCUUCUGGGACCGCUUGUGUCCUCAUUGGCUGAGAGAUCGGGCCUGAAGAAGGCCGAUUGGCGGAUCGAGGGACAGGCGUGCACCGAUGGGCAGGCUUGACUGGCCCCGUGGCACACGGGGGAAAAUCGGUUCCCGUCUGGUACACCGUGGCUCUCCUUAGGCGCCUUCGAUGCAGUCGAACAGGUCGCAGCGAUCGCGAAGCGCCAGUCCUCUCCCGUCCAUCGACGUGGCCGCACCGUGACUCGUGGACGUUCGAGAGAGACAGACAGAGCCAGAUCGAGGAAAAAUCGUUGGAUCGAGGACAGGGCAGAGAAGGAGAGAGAGACGGACCGACCGUAGGAGGAGGAGGACUUGGAGCAGGCCGCCACGGUCGAGGAUCGCGUGGAUCAGAGCACUCGGGGGCAUUCGACGGAUUUGCAUCGAGGGGAACGGUUACGCGAACUCAGUCGCGUGUCCUUCGAGGGGGUGAAUCGGUCCCAUCGAGGUGAACGAUCCGUGGUCGCGGUAUUCACUUCCGGAAGAAUCGUGCACCAGCUCACGUUGCCCGUGUACACGCCACGUGACCGAAGUCAGGAGGACAGAAACGUUUCGGAAGUGUGUGUCCGGGGAUCGAACGAUUUUUCUUUUCGAGAUUCCCGCUCUCCCCGUGGAGUUGAAACUCAAGUUAUGGUGUGUAACGUGUGACAGAGGACUCGGACGUUGUCGCGGCGAAGACGGUUAAUUUUUUGUUUGUGGGUGAGCUGAGACCACCGGUUUUGGGCCGCUUGUGUGGAUAUCGUCCGGAACUGCGAAGAUGAACCAACAGUGCAAGGUCUGCGGCGAGCCGGCGGCUGGUUUUCAUUUCGGAGCGUUCACGUGCGAGGGUUGCAAGUCGUUCUUCGGGCGGACGUACAACAACCUGGGCAGCAUCUCGGAGUGCAAGAACGGAGGAGUAUGUGUGAUCAAUAAGAAGAAUCGCACCGCCUGUAAGGCCUGCCGUUUGCGAAAGUGCCUAAUCGUGGGAAUGUCGAAGUCAGGCUCGCGCUACGGUCGCCGAUCGAAUUGGUUCAAGAUCCACUGCCUGCUCCAGGAGCAGACCAACGGUGGUCAGAACGUGAACGUGGCCGCGGGCGCUGGAUCGCCGUUCGGGCCAGGCUUUCUACCAGGAUUCCUGCCUCAGGCUCAGAGCCAGCAGGGCAGCGGAGUGUACAAGGACGCGAAGGACCGCGCGUCACCUAGUCAGGAGGACCUAGCCCUCCAAUCCCAUCUGCUGCACGUGGCGAUGCUGAAGCAAGAGCGCGAGAGGGGCAACAAAUCACCUCACCCUGACGACGUGGCUCUUCAGAACCAAUUGCGUCUGCUGGCAUGGCAGAAGGAGCGCGAAAGGGUGGGUGGCAAUCCUCAGCAGCCCCCAGGCACCCCUCCGAGGGACACCACUCCGCCGCCUUUCUACAAGCAGCAACAGCAGCAGCAUCCCGCUUCUCCGAUGUUUCCCAUGAACUUCGCUCAGAAGGACACCGUCUGCGUGCCCACCAGCCCAUCCGAUGUGUUUCGACCGUUCCUCCCGACUUACAAAAGGACAGCAGACACGCCCAGCGACAGCGGCGCAUCUUCCGUGGACGGUGGGGAUGGUCAGGACACGGAGUCCAGGAGUAAUUCAGCGUUGAGCUACUUCAAAACCAGCGCAGCAUCGCCUACUCUCUCGGAGCGCGAGUUUCCACCCAGGAAGAUCAACGCCACCGUCACGCUGACGACAGGUUACCAUCCCCAUCAGGGUCUGGGGUUGGUGUACCCACCCCCUGGCCUUGUGACGCCAGCAACCUCUCAGCAUUCGCCCAGAGGCGGCGAUCUACUGCUCGUCAGUCCCAGUCCGGGCGGGCUAGCCGUGGAACAGGACGAGCCGAUAGAUCUCAGCGUCAGGUCAAGCAGAAGCUCCCCGCGGCCCAGUCAGUCUUCAGAGGAAGAUAACAGAUCGAACGACAACGAGUGCGAUCGUGACAGCCCCGCGAAAGAGGAAGCAACCACCAAGAGCAAACCUUUAGAUCUGACGUUAGGCGUAAAGAGGCCAGCGGAAGUGCCUUUAUCGUUGUGAAGUUCUUAGCAACCCAGGCCCGCGACAGGCUAGUCCCCAGUUCUUAUCGAGCAUCGAUUGGUGCCGUUAAAUCCUCGAUGAAAGGAUCGAACCGAUGGAAUCGGGUUAAACAUUUCAGUUGCGAGGGAUGACCGGUUCCCUUGGAGAUGACGUUGAAAAGGCGUUUGGAGACGCUCGAGGAUCGUCGGAGGAAUCAUUCCGUGGCGCGUGGAAGUGCCACGACGUGGAAUCGUUGCGCGACAGCGACCAAGAGCCCGUCACGAAAAUGUGUUCAAGUCUUGUACAUAGUUGUCCAGUUGAACUGAUAGCAGGAGUCGAGAUUAAUUUAUUGCGGUAGCGGCUAGAAAAGAGGCAGUCUCGUGUAACGUGUCGAAAGAUGGACGAUCUUUGCAACUUUUUCAAUUUGUCUCGCACAACGAGAAAAAAAAAAAAACGUAACAAUUCCUACCACAAUUUGGACGAUGGAAAAAUAUUUUUUACACUUGUAUAAUAUAAUCAUCAACUUCGAGAAAACAGCGUUUCAAGUUUAGCUACCUAUCUACUAUCCGAUGAACUUUAGAGAAACUAUAAACUCUAAGACAAAUUACUUUCCGCGCAUCCGUGACAUGAGAAAACACUCUUAAAAAGCCUGACAAGUGGAAUAAUCAACUUGGCAAGGGGAAGAGGCACCGGAAGCUACUUUCAUCGACUGCUGUGGCACUUCUGACGCUCGGAAGUCUAAAGGAACAAUUCCCCUCGACAAGUCGAACGAUCCACUUGCUGUGCUUUAAUUUCCCAUUCUGACGUGUAGAGGUCAUCACGAGUUCUGUCGUGCGCGUGUAUACGUACACACAUGUAUGCCCCCUUGUAUAAAAGAAACGGAGAGUCGCAAAUAUUAUCGGCCAGUAGUGGAGUGCCUUAAUAUAAUAUAUUUAUAUAAAUAUUCUAUAUGUAUAUGAACGUAUACUAUGAACGGACCCCUUUAGGAUCUAAUCUCUAUCGUACGUACGGUCCCUUGAGCAUCGUUUUUUCUCAUCUCCGUUGUACAGCGAAGCGUCCUGGGCGCGGGGCCGCGAGAUGAGGACGUCGAGGAACGUCCUCAUCGGUUCUGCGACCCUGUCACGACGAGAGGCCAGUAAAUAAAAUGAACGAGAAGAGUAACGUCGACGUCGAUGUAUAAAACAAACGUGUGCAUCUUGUAAAUAAGCACGGGAGGGGGAGGACUGGUACGAGCGACUCCAGAAUAUCGCUUCCGUGCUUCCGCUUAGCGUUCGAGCUCUCUCGGCUAGCGCAAACCGGAGCGAACAGAUUUUCCGUUUUUCACACGGCGUUCCCUUUUCCCGACAUUUUCGUUUUUCCCCCAUCCUCAUUUUUUUGUGUACAUAAUAGCAUGUAAGCGGUGAACACGAGCGGCCAGUACCUAAACGUAUCGCGAAAUUAAAUAUUUUUGUUCAAUCGA